CCUUCAACUCUCACCUGGCCUGUAUCACGUGAUUCCUUGCUACCCACGUGGCACACAAUAUGUCUACUGCAGGGGAGGAGGUGCAGCAGUUACCUUGUAGAGAGUUCUCUGAAUUCAAGGAAGCUCUGCAACUACUGAGAGCCGACGAUGACAAGAUUAUUUACAAACUAAACACGAGUCUACCAACGACCUCCUUCUCAGAGCAGGGCAGUGCCACAGAGCACUGUAAGGACCUCUACCAACAGCUCCAGUCACUGUAUAAAAGUCGCUCGAGUGCUAUUCAGAAGUGUGUGGAUGAAACGACCAAUCAGGUCGCAAUGUUCAGGGAGCAACGAGACAAUGAGCGAGAUAGCAAUGUAAUAUUAAAACAACUGAGAAAAGAGCAAACUAAGCUUCGACUAAUGAAGAGUGAGCUGGGUGUGGAGGAGGUGGUCAAGGAGAGAAGCAUGAAGGUAUUUCGUGAAAGGUGCUGGAAAUCAUAUAAGCCUCCAGACUUUUAGCACACAAGUCUAUAGUAUCAGUUUGCCGUUAAUUAUCAUGUGAUUAGUAUUAUUUUUUGCUGGUUGACAAAAUAGUGAAAGAAUUAACAAAAAGUGA